CGCGGAGAUGGGAGAGCAGCUCGGAUAGAGGAUGGCCCGGCACAGGCGGGUCCGAAGCGCCCACCGGGCUGCUGGGCGGCGGGAAAGACCGGCCUCCUUCCCUCCCUCCUCCCUGGUGCCAAGAGAUGGUCCGUCCCGGGCGGGGCGGAGCGCGGCCCUCCCCUCUUCCUCUCGCGUUGGUUCCGCCUGGAGAGGUUUCGCUGCUGUCGUCGCCGCUCGUCGCUGUCCGUCGUUCCCGUCUCCGCUCCGGGCCGCUCGGGCGUUUUCUCUCUGCCUUAAAGGUGUCUUUUAUGAAUAAUCAAAAGCCACAGAAGCCGACGCUAUCGGGCCAGCGUUUUAAAACUCGAAAAAGAGAUGAAAAAGAGAGGUUUGACCCUACUCAGUUCCAGGACUGUAUUAUUCAAGGUUUAACCGAAACCGGCACUGACUUGGAGGCAGUAGCAAAGUUUCUUGAUGCUUCUGGGGCAAAACUUGACUAUCGCCGCUAUGCAGAAACACUUUUUGACAUUCUGGUGGCUGGUGGAAUGCUGGCCCCAGGUGGUACCCUGGCAGAUGACAUGACACGCACAAACGUCUGUGUAUUUGCAGCACAGGAAGACCUAGAAACCAUGCAAGCAUUUGCUCAGGUUUUUAACAAGCUAAUCAGGCGUUACAAGUACCUGGAGAAAGGCUUUGAAGAUGAAGUAAAAAAGCUCCUGCUGUUCCUGAAAGGGUUCUCGGAGUCUGAGCGGAACAAACUGGCCAUGUUGACGGGUAUUCUGCUCGCCAACGGGACACUUAAUGCGUCAAUUCUAAACAGUCUUUACAAUGAGAACUUGGUUAAAGAAGGUGUUUCUGCAGCUUUUGCCGUCAAGCUAUUCAAAUCGUGGAUAAAUGAGAAAGAUAUUAAUGCUGUGGCUGUCAGUCUUCGUAAAGUAAACAUGGAUAACAGGCUGAUGGAACUCUUUCCGGCCAACAAGCAAAGUGUUGAACACUUCUCUAAGUACUUCACUGAAGCAGGACUAAAGGAACUUUCCGAGUAUGUUCGGAACCAGCAAAGCAUAGGAGCUCGGAAGGAGCUGCAGAAGGAGCUUCAGGAGCAGAUGUCACGGGGCGAUCCAUUCAAGGAUAUAAUCUUGUAUGUGAAGGAGGAGAUGAAGAAAAACAACAUCUCGGAGCAGACUGUGGUAGCCAUAAUCUGGUCAAGUGUAAUGAGCACAGUGGAAUGGAACAAAAAGGAGGAGCUGGUGGCAGAGCAAGCCAUUAAGCACUUGAAGCAAUACAGCCCUCUACUUGCUGCCUUCACUAGCCAAGGUCAGUCAGAGCUGACUCUUCUGUUGAAGAUUCAAGAGUAUUGUUACGACAACAUUCAUUUCAUGAAGGCCUUCCAGAAAAUAGUGGUGCUCUUCUAUAAAGCUGAAGUUCUGAGUGAAGAACCCAUCCUGAAGUGGUACAAAGAUGCACAUCUUGCAAAAGGGAAGAGUGUUUUCCUGGAGCAAAUGAAAAAGUUUGUUGAAUGGCUCAAGAAUGCUGAAGAAGAGUCGGAGUCGGAAGCUGAAGAGGGUGACUGACCCAUGAAGCUGUCCUCAGUAAAGCAAACAGAAGCUGUAGAUAGGUGUCAUGUCUAGUGUCCUUGAUUCUUACAUCCUACCUCCCUGUAUCAAGCAUGAUACAAGGGCUCUCAUGGCAAUUUAUUUUAACAGUUCUCGGUAGUUAUUUCAAUAGCUGGGUUUAGUUUUUAAAACCAUAUUUUAAGUAGCUGACGGAAGCUAUUAUCGAUUUGACUCUAACCUGCAUUUGUCCAUUCAGUUAUAUUCUACCUCCUGUAUUUUCUACUGUAAUCAUGUAAUUUAAGGCCCUCCACAAUGAAAUCCAUUUUAUCCCUUGGGUUUUCUAUCUCUACUGGUGUAGACAUGAUACGGUGAAUGAGACUUACAGCAGUUCUGUUUGCAAAUUAAACUGUAAAAAGCCUCCAAA